GGGAGAGUAAAAAGCCGGCAUACCGCAGCUUGCAUUAGAGUUCGCUCCAUUUUCCUCCUUAUUGAAUUAUUCCUCUCCCAGGGAUUUCACUCGGUCGAUCGCUCCGUCGAUUAAUCUCGCGGGAAACGAACACGGUUUCGUACACGAUCUCGACGCACGAUAAUGCGAAAUUAUUUUCGCUUAGAAAGCGAUCUUUUUAUCCUGCGUCACGCUACAACGUCGCAUAUGUAAAUACUACGCUCCCGCAAUUCUAUAUACAUUACCCAAUUCAUCUGCGGUUUUUCUCUCGUUCUCGUUGAAAAGUACCUGGGUUCUUUCCGAGGAAUUAGAGAAGAUCGAAUGGAAACAAGUAGAGGUAUCACGAGACACAGACACGUAAGAAUCGUGUGUCGUAGAGUAGGGAGCAAAAUUCUGACGUACGCUUUGUUUUCGACUGACACUCGACUUUCUCGUACCUAGCACGAGCAUUCACGCUUCUGUCACGGUGCCGCUUUGCGUGGUUGGUCAUCGUCGUGCAUUUCUAAAAGAUGACACUGAUUUCUGUAAAAAGUUUCGAAUUCGUCGUAGCCGUGAUGAGAUCAUCGAAAACAUAUGUUUGCCGGACAAGUUUUGUUGCGAAGCGUGAGCGUGUCUCCGUCCCUCGGUCUGCACUCUCGCCAAUUUGUACACAGGAUUGAAAGCAUUUAAACCUCGGUGGCUAGCUUCGUUUGUAUCUGAAUUAAUAAGUCGUGGAAUUGUGGAGAUCGAAAUAUACGCGCGUCUUCGAGUUACACAAUUUUCAUUGAUGCGAUUAAACGCUCUUAAAUGGGAAUUAGUGCAUCAAAGAGGUGGACGAUCAACAUGAACAGCAGAUGACUGUUAGCCGAGCUGAUGCUCGUUCAACUUUAAUAUGAGUGAAGUAGUAGUGGCCGUAACACCUAGUGGUGGACCGACACGCCAGGAAAACGUAGCACACAUCAAAAGACAUAAAUUAGCCAACUGUAAUGUUCCUCUUGUGCACGGACGGUCAAAUCCGCCGAUCAACACCCGUAGUAGGCUGACCACGCAUCAACGAAAUCACAGUUUGGACUUUAGGUCAAUGGGUAUUCUAUUGCCGCCGGUUCCGCAAGCGAACGCGACCACGCUGACGCAUCAUCAUAGAAACCGAAGUCUCGAUUCCGCUCUGCAGCGUAUACCAGAAGUGGACGUGACACCAAGCCCGGAAUGCGAGACGACACCGGCCCCGGUAGCUAAAGCGGCCGCGGUGCCGGCGAACAAAGCGCGCAGCCGGGAACGCGAGGAUCUCGCCAGCCUCGGAUCCGACGACUCCGGUAUACUUUGCGGUUCCGACAGUGGUUCCAGCGACGCAACGAACGCGGCCACUAGAGAGUCGAGCAUCGACCAUUUGCACAGCCGCGAGAGCCUUGACUCCUCGGUAUCCCAACCGGGUGACAUGGAUAGCGUGGAUGCAGUGGACGGCUGCGAGGAAACUAGUGCCCCGGUCUCAGUGUCGGUUUCGGUGCCGGUGUCGCCUGUGGAACUGGUGCUCUUGAGUGAACCUUCGUUGAUAAAGGGUGGUGAUAGUAGUAACGGUAGUAACAUUAGUAGUAGUAGUAGUAGUGAGCCGCGUAAGCACGAGAACGCGACCGGCGGUGAUCAUCACGGGUCGCAGGAACUGCGCUCCAAUAACAACGUCUGUACGGUCAAAGAACUUGAGAGUCAUGAGUUCGUGCACGACGAGAAGAGACGCGGUGAUAUGGCCGCGACGCGGGACACACGGGACUUCCAGAACUCGAUGGAAGUGUCCCUGGUGAACGAUAAACAGUGCGAACUGGCCGGUGCGGCUAUGACUUUGUGUUGUGGGACUGCCGUGCAAUCCGACGCGAACGAAACAGCUGUGAAGAAGCAGACUGGUGUCGUUUGCAGGAGACAGGAGACGGUACAACCGAAACCGUCCGAGGGAUGCUUGCUCAGACUUUUCGAAAGCCAGAUCUUCGACAUGUCCAUGGCGAUCUCUUAUCUUUUCAAUUCUAAAGAGCCGGGCGUUCAGAGUUAUCUGGGAAACAAGAUGUUUAGUUUCCCGGAUAACGACGUGGAUUUCUAUUUGCCACAGUUAGUUGUAAUGUAUAUACAACUUCACGAUGUUACAGAAGUCCUUUACCCAUAUCUUGUCCAUAGAUGUAGACAGUCGGCUGAUUUUUCAUUAAAAUGUGCCUGGCUGUUAGAUGCGUACAGUUCCGAUGCUCAUUUGCCAUCCAAAAAGAAGUCUCAUGGGACCAAACUAAAAAAUAUUAUUCUCUCAGAUGAACUCAGGCCAAAAGGAAAUGAGAAUAAAAGACGCGUAACUGGAUUGCAAACUCCCGCACCGCCACCACUAACUCCGAUACAAAACGUAACAUCUCCUAAUAAAAAGACACACCAAAGAUCUCAAUCUGAUGCCACUGGAUUAUUUCAAACUCUACGUCGUAGCCAUUCCGGUACAAUAAAUAAAGUAAGUCUUGGGGACCUGAGCUCUGGUCGAGCAUUUGAUAAUGGCUGUACCUGUUUUUAUUCCUGCCAAGGUGUGGUAAAUGAUUUACGAGGACAAAAAACCGACUGUUUUUGCAAUGCGCCGCGUCUUGCUCCAGAACUCGAAUUUAUACAAGCAUUAAUAUCAAUUGGUAAAUUACUUGGAACUAUUCCAACAAAGGAAAGUAAAACUGUUCAAUUAAUAGCGGAGCUUAAUACUCUCAAUUUGAAUCUCCCUGCAAGGGUGUGGCUUCCUUUGCAUAGUUCAAUACCGCAUCAUAUCGUGCGAGUGCCGCCGCAAUAUGCUGCUGUUCUUAACAGCAAAGAUAAGGCACCAUACAUAAUUUAUGUUGAAGUGUUAGAAGUAGAAGAUAUUUAUACAUCGCCUGUACCGACGAAAAUAGUGGGAUGUUCGUUGAGGCAUACUAAAUCUGAGGAAAAUUUAACCGGGGGCGAACAAACCAAUGUAAUGAGUUCGACAAACAUAUCCGCUUCAGAAACACAGCAGAACAUGCUACCAAUCAGGCAGACUCCCGUUAAAAAUAUAUCCCCGUAUUCGGUCAGAAGUACGGAGGUUGCAUUUAGUUUUCCCGACGAUGAUCCUAACGAUUGUUGGAGUCAAGAGGACGAUGAAAUCACGCAACAGUAUUUACAACUUCGUAAGCCAAAAGAUAGAGAUACGAUAUCUCAAUUAAGUCAAGAGUCAUCAGACAGUAAAGAACCAAUAUUUGUACCUGGUGAUAUCAAAAGGCGAUUAAGCGAAAUGGCUGCUGCUCCUAGUGCGACGUUUAAUCAUGAUCCGGAAGACCCGUCGGCGGCUGUCUUGAAGGAACCAUGGGAAUUGAAACAACGUCGCAUAAGGUCUUCCAGUCCGUACGGUCAUUUGGCAUCUUGGAGACUCCUCGCUGUUAUCGUAAAGUGCGGUGAUGAUCUCCGACAGGAGCUCCUCGCAUCGCAAUUGCUUUCGAUGCUGCAAAAAAUUUGGCAAGACGAACAUGUGCCGCUUUGGGUGCGACCAUAUAAAAUUUUGUGCUUAUCGAACGAUAGCGGUUUAAUCGAGCCAAUUUUAAAUACUGUAUCGCUUCACCAAGUGAAAAAACAGUGCCAAUUAACGCUCUGUCAAUACUUCGAGCGAGAAUUCGGUCCAUCUCCGUCAGAUGCGUUUACCAUUGCGCAAAGAAACUUCAUUCAAAGUUGCGCGGCAUAUUGUCUUGUUUGUUAUCUCAUUCAGGUCAAAGAUCGUCACAACGGAAAUAUUUUACUUCAUAGAGAUGGCCACUUAAUACACAUAGACUUCGGAUUUAUUCUGUCGACAUCGCCGCGAAACUUGGGAUUCGAGACCAGUCCGUUCAAAUUGACUCCCGAGUUCGUGGAAGUGAUGGGCGGAAGCCAAUCGAAGCAAUUUCAAGAAUUCAAAACUUUAAUUCUUCAAGGGCUGAUCGCUGCACGGAAACACAUGGAAAAAAUUGUGAAUCUCGUCGAGAUCAUGUUAUCAGGAUCGCAACUUCCAUGCUUCCGUAGCGGCGGUGCAGCGACGGUUCAAGGGUUGAAGAAUAGAUUCCAUCUUACCCUGACGGAGGAUCAGUUACGCCGACACGUGGAAGACUUGGUCGAAGCCAGUAUUCAUUCGUGGUCUACUAAAUUAUAUGAUCGGUAUCAAUAUUUCGCAAAUGGCACUCUUUAAUAAUAAUACAAAUAUUUAUCCACAUGGCAAGGAUAAUGAUUUUUAUAAGAAAGCAAAAACGAAACGAGAGUUGAUAGCGUGGUACUUCUUCCAGUGACGUUUCAAUUUUAUAGCAUUCCGUAUGCACAAAUUAUCUUUGGAGCUAAUUAUUCGAUUACAUACAAUUUUACAAUCGAUACAUAGGAAAUGCUAUUUAAAAAAAAAACAUAGAUUUAUU